AAAAAACACCUUGUUAAAUUGAGGACUUCGAACGUCGCCUUAUCCGAACGCACCGGGAGCCUCUCAUCUCAUGCCACCGCCGUCCAAAUUCGUACCCGUCGGUUGGCGAUCGUUGCUCCAACCCAACAGAUGGAAACCCUCCGUUUCCCGUUCCCUGGCACCACUCUAUCAAUUUCAAACCCUAGCAACCUCCCCCAGCUCCCAUGGCUGAGCUCCUCCUCUUCGUCACCUCCUCCUCAAUCCCCUCGGCAGCGGCGGAGCAUCAAUCGCAAGGUCGCCAUCCGGCCCCCGCCUCCGGGGUUCGACUACAAGUCGGCCGUGCUGGAUGACACGCGCUCCGCCGCGGCGGCGGGGCACCCGGAGCUGAUGGGCCUGGUGGAGGGCGGCGCGCUGGCGCUCGUCGAGAAGCGCCGCUUCGGCCCCGUCCCGAGCUGGCGGCGCGAGUUCGUCGAACCCGACGCCAUCUGGCUCGUCGGCACCCACCACCUGUCCCGGCAGUCGUCCGCCGACGUCGAGCGCGUCGUGCGGGCCCUGCGCCCAGACAACGUCGUCGUCGAGCUCUGCAGGAGCAGAGCUGGAAUUAUGUAUGCAUCCACGGAUGCGCAGGAUGCCCCGCUUUUAGGAUCAAACAUGUUUUCGUUAACUGGGGCUAACUUUUUUGGAGCCGUCAAUCGCAGCAUAAAUUUGGGUGGACAAAGUGCUCUUGCUUUACGUCUGCUCCUUGCUGUUUUCUCUUCAAAAAUUUCUUCGGGCGCAAAUCAAUCUUUUGGGGACGAGUUUCGUGCAGCUCGGAAAGUCUCUGAAGAGAUUGGGGCUCAGCUUGUCCUGGGAGAUCGCCCAAUUGAAAUAACUCUUGAAAGAGCUUGGAAAUCUCUAAAGUGGAACGAGAAAUUGAGAUUGAUAAUCUCACUUUUUCGUGGCAUAACUUCGCCUUCAAUUGGAGUGCCAGAAAGUAAUGUGGAGGAUGAGAAAAUGGAGGGCAGCCCAUUUAAGCUGUACGAGCAGCUGAGCAUAUCUUAUCCAUCGCUUCUUGAGCCUCUUAUACAUGAGCGUGAUACGUAUCUCGCAUGGUCUCUAAAGAGGAGCAAAGCUGUGAACAACGGUAAGAUAGUCGUCGGCGUGAUCGGAAAGGGCCACAUGAAUGGUGUGGUCCAUGCACUGAUAUCUGAUCAAGGAGACCUGCGAUUUCGUGAUCUUGUUGGCAGGGCAUCAGGCGAGAGCUCCGACGGUUGGAUCAGUGGUGCGAUAAAGGGUUUAGUUAGGGAUACAGUAAUUGGCCUUGUUAUUUGGGUGUUGUAUGAACAGCUGAAGACUAUUUUGUAACAUCUAAAAGCACUAACACUCGAGUAAAAUAUGUUUGUUUCUUCUGUUUUA